CAUGACUUUCCUUCCCUGGCUGGUUUUGAGCCUUGAUCCUUGGAUCUCAGCCUCCCUGAGUAGAUAGGAUUAUUGGUGCCCGGCUUGUCCUGGAUGGUUUUAAUGCCUGCUCUGCUAGUUGUGCAAUGCAGAGUGAGCUCCUGAACCUCCCAGUGUCUCCAUUCUCUCGUCUGUGAGGUGGGGUUCAUGUAGUCCCCAGUGGUAGGAGUCUUAGAGGAGAUGACGGAUGGUGAGCACUGAGGUGACAUUUGAGUCUGGAUGAUAGUGGCUUUUGCUUAGUGAAUGCCCUGUGGGCUGGGUGCUGGGUGCACAUUACCACGUGGCCAGGCUCUGUGCCCUGGGUCUUUUCUACCCUACUUUGACCCCUGGCAGGACCUGUGGUGCUCACUUCUGCAGUGUUAAGUACCAGGGUGGUGGAGCCCGCUCCCAACGAAGCAGCAGAGGCUGGGUGUGGCUUCAUCACUGGGCUGCUCUCUCCCCGGGCCCCACUGGGCCCUUACUGCCAAAUAUCCUGGUACUGGCCUCCUUUCCUGCCCCCCAGGGCCUCCAAAGCUCCUCACCUGUCCUGGGUUCCUCCCCUGCCCCCGCCAGUGGCACUGCUGUCACUAUGUAAAUGUCUGUGCAAAUGGCCUCGUGUGGUGCCCGGGGCUCUCCCUGUGCUGCCAGUUCGGGACAAUGGGGCCAGGAGCAAGCAGGCUGUGUCUGCUGCUCCUCCUGCUGCGGGCCCUGGCAGAGCCCACGGAGAACUCGGACUUCUACCUGGCCGGGGACUUCCUCCUGGGGGGGCUCUUUUCCCUCCACGCCAACAUGAAGGGCACUUCCCACGUUGACAUCCUGCAGGUGCCCACCUGCAAGAAGUUCAGCAUGAAGGUGUUGGGCUACAACCUCAUGCAGGCCAUGCGCUUUGCUGUGGAGGAGAUCAACAACCACAGCAGCCUGCUGCCCGGCGUACAGCUGGGCUACGAGAUCGUGGACAUCUGCUACAUGUUCAACAACAUCCAGCCUGUGCUCUACCUGAUGGCACGGGAGGACUACCUCCUGCCCAUCCUCAAGGACUACAGCAACUACGUCCCGCGCGUGGUGGCCAUCAUUGGUCCUGACAACUCUGAGUCUACCAGAACGGUGGCCAACUUCCUUUCCGCGCUUCUCCUUCCCCAGGUCACCUACAGCGCCAUCUCAGACCGCCUGCGGGACAAGGCGCACUUCCCGGCCACGCUGCGCUCGGUGCCCAGCGCCAGCCACCACGUGGAGGCCAUGGUGCAGCUGAUGCUCCACUUCCACUGGAACUGGAUCGUGGUGCUGCUGAGCAACGACGACUACGGGCUGGAGAACAGCCAGCUGCUGCGCCAGCGGCUGCUCAACGGCAGCGACAUCUGCAUCGCCUUCCAGGAGGUGCUGCCCGCGCCCGCGCCCGCGCCCGCGCCCGCGCGGCUGGACGCCAUCCUGGACAAGCUGCGGCGGUCCACGGCGCGCGUCGUGGUCGUCUUCUCGCCCGAGCUGGCCCUGCACCAGUUCUUCCUCGCUGUGCUGCGGUGGAACCUCACGGGGGCCGUGUGGAUCGCCUCCGAGUCCUGGGCCAUCGACCCCGAGCUGCACAAGCUCAGCGGGCUGAGCCACACGGGCACCUUCCUGGGCGUGACCGUCCAGCGCGUGCCGGUGCCCGGCUUCAGCGAGUUCCGCCUGCGCCUCGCCGGGCCCCGGCCCCCGGCCCGCCCCGAGCCCCGCCAGCGGGGCACCUGCAACCAGGAGUGCGACACCUGCCACGGGGAGACCGCCUCCUACGGAGAGGUCCUCUCGCUCUCCGGGGAGCGCGUGGUGUUCUGCGUGUACGCGGCCGUCUAUGCCGUGGCCCACGCCCUGCACCGGCUGCUGGGCUGCAACCAGACCUCGUGCGCCCGGGGGCCCGUCCACCCCUGGCAGCUACUCAGAGAGCUGUGGGAUGUCAACUUCACCCUCCUGAACAACGAGAUCUUCUUCGACCCGCACGGCGACAUGACCCUGCACCUGGACAUCGUCCAGUGGCGAUGGGACCUGAGCGAGAAUCCCUUCAAGAGCGUGGCCUUCUACUCCCCGAGGCGGCAGCGGCUGGAGCACAUCAGCAACAUCACCUGGCACACAGGCGACAACAGCGUCCCCGUGUCUAUGUGUUCCAAAAGCUGCCGGCUCGGGCAGAUGAAGAAGGCCAUAGGCCUCCAUCCCUGCUGCUUCGAGUGCCUGGAUUGCCUGCCUGGCACAUUUUACAACCAAACAAAAGACGAAUUUGACUGCCAGCCCUGCCCGAGUGCCAUGUGGUCGCACCGGAACGACGUCUCCUGCUUCCGGCGGCGGCUGGCCUUCCUGGCGUGGCCGGACGCGGCCGCCAUCGUCGUGACCGUGCUGGCCGGCCUGGGCUUCCUCAGCACGCUGGCCGUCCUGGCCCUGUUCUGGAGGCACUUCCGGACGCCCACGGUGCGCUCGGCGGGGGGCCCCAUGUGCUUCGUGAUGCUGGCGCCGCUGCUGCUGGCCUUCGGCAUGGCGCCCAUCUACGUGGGGCCGCCCACCACGCUCACCUGCCUCUGGCGCCAGGCCUUCUUCACCCUCUGCUUCACCGUCUGCAUCUCCUGCGUCGCCGUGCGCUCCUUCCAGAUCGUCUGCAUCUUCCAGAUGGCCAGCCGCCUCCCGCGGGCCUACGGCCUCUGGGUCCGCUACCGCGGGCCCUACGUGUUUGUGGCUCUCAUGACGGCGGUGAAGGCGGCCAUCGUGGCCGGCAACAUGCUGGCCAGCCCCACCGUCCACCCCACGGGCCGCCCCGACCCCGAAGACCCCAGCACCACCAUCGUCUCCUGUACCCCCAACUACCGCCUGGGCCUCCUGCUGAACACCAGCAUGGACAUGCUGCUCUCGGUGGUGGGCUUCAGCUUCGCCUACAUGGGCAAGGCGCUGCCCACCAGCUACAACGAAGCCAAGUUCAUCACCCUGUGCAUGACCUUCUCCUUCACCUCCUCCGUCUCGCUCUGCACCUUCAUGGCGGUCCACGACGGGGUGCUGGUCACCGUCAUGGACCUCCUCGUGACCGUGCUCAACUUCCUGGCCCUCGGCCUCGGGUACUUCGGCCCCAAGUGCUACCUGAUCCUCUUCUACCCAGAACGCAACACGCCUGCCUACUUCAACAGUAUGAUCCAGGGCUACACCAUGGGGAAGGACUAAGCCCCUGCCCGCCAGCCCUGGGGGCCCAGCCCUGGGUGUGGGAGGUGGAGGUGAGGGCGGGGGAUGCGUGUGUUUCCCUCCCCCCCCCACUGUCCCCUCCUGCCCUCC